AUGGAUUCCAUCAGCGACCGGUGUGUUGCGUGUACGAGAAAAGUAUCUGCAAGACAACAUGCACUACUGUGCGAUGGUUGCAAUCGCUGGCAGCACAGAAUCUGUGAUACAGGGAUAUCCCAGCGAGAGUACCGUGACAUGAUAAGAUCUGAAAUUACUAUUAAUUUCACCUGCACCAUCUGUAAAAGGAAUGAGGAAGAGACCAUCAGGACCACAUUGGAAAUAAUGGAUCAGGGGUCACAACGUGGGAAAAGAAAGCUAGUCAGCAGUGAUGGUUAUGAGUUCGUUAAAAAGGUUUCCAAAGGUGACUUCACAUAUUGGAGGUGUUCAAAGAGGUCAAAGACAGUUAACUGCCCUGCAACCAUCUCACAGAAGGGGGACACUUUCAAGGCCAACUCAAGAGCCCACAUCCACCAGGCAGAUAAAGGAGCCUUAAAGAAAGUGCAAGUUUGGAAAGAGGUUAAAUCACAGUGUGUUCAAGAUAUCCACAAGCCAGCACGUAGAGUCGUAGAGGAUGCCAUGCUGGAUUUGAUUGAAGAAGAUGACCACCAGCUACCCAAUGUCCGCAACUUGCAGAGGCUGGCCAACAGAAUCCGUGAGGAUCUGAGGCCAGCAGAGCCAAGGGACUUGGAGUUCAUUAUUGACACAGACUACCUGCAGUGCCAGGACUUCCUUGUUGGAGACAUACAUGUGGAUACUGAGAGGCACCUUGUGUUCUCCACACCAAACCAGCUCAGGAUCCUGCAGCAGGCUAGAAGGUGGUUCUGUGAUGGUACAUUUAAGAUCCUCGCCAGACCAUUCCAGCAGCUGUGGUCCAUCCAUGCAUUUGUGUGCAGAGGAGACAGUUACAAACAAGUUCCACUUGUCUUCUGUCUCAUGUCUAGGAGGAAAAGCAGGGAUUAUGCUGCAAUAUUCAAGAAGCUCAAGGAAAUCAUCCCUGGUGUACCACAGGUGCAGACCUUUGUGGUCGACUUUGAGAAAGGUGCAUGGAAAGCCAUCCGCGAGGAAUUCCCCAACACACUUAUCAAAGGAUGUGCUUUUCACUUUGGCCAGGCAGUGUGGCGGAAAGUGCAGGAAUUAGGACUGAGGACGACAUAUACCAAACGUGGUGCUGAAUAUAGGUACAUCAGGUCUUUGAUGGCACUGCCCUUUCUGCCAUCUGCAGACAUUCAGCCCGCUUUUGACCGACUAUCAGCCAGAGCAACAUCCCAGGAACUGCAGCAGCUUGUGGCAUACAUGGACAGCAACUGGAUUGGAAGUGCGGUUUGGCAGCCCAGGAACUGGAGUAUCUUCCAGACCAAUGUCAGGACAAACAACGAUGUAGAAGGUUGGCAUACCAGGAUCAAUGCAGACAUCGGUAAAGCCAAUGCCGCCUUCUACAUCCUUGUGCCUGCUCUUCAGCGUGAGGCGCGAUUGGUGGACUUGACUGUCCGACUUGUGUCAGAGGAACAGAUUCUCCGUUGCCAACGUAGGAGGUACCAGGACCUCACUUGCCGGCUACACGAAGCUUGGGACCGUUAUACCAACGGAGAGCUCACAGCAUCCCAACUGUUGCGGGAGUGUGGUGGUGUAUAUGGCCCAAACAACGACUAG